CUUUGGAGCGGCGCGUCAUUACGCAUGGAUGAGGUUCUCAAUGGGACACUCUUAGGUUUCUAAAACUCCUCUCCUCCGGUAAGAUGCCCUCUUUGCACCACGGAGCGAUCUUCAUCGGAGCGUUCCUUAUCGUGACCGGGGGCUCCACCGCCUUUUUGACCUCAUACCAGAGCCGGUUGCAGGCUUUCUCUCUGUGCUGUGUGGUGCUGGGGGUCGUCAUGCUCAUCCUGGGGCUUUUCUGGGCUAUGAACAGUAAAACGACCACGAACUACAACCAUCAAGAAUUUGACCCGGAGUGCCCUCACUAUCCCUAUAACGAGUACCCCAACUUCAGCAGCCACGCGCUCUUCUCUCCUCCGGGCCGCCGCUUUGUAGAGUCACAGUCAGCCUUUCUGCCAAGGACCAAUGAGCGUCACAGAUGUGGAGCUCAUAGGGAGGAUUUCGACUACCCUCCAAUGGACCAGGGUGGCUUCAGUCCCACACCCAACCCCCCCCGCCUUGGCUGGGACCUCCACCUCCAUAUGAAGUGGCUAUAAAGACCACAUGUAGCUCCACUCACCUGCGGAGGGCAUACUCUGACACACACCUGGCCUCAGAACCACUGUUUGGACAAUCCAGGGAGAUCAGCU